UCGCUUCUCGAAAUCGUCACAUCGAAUGCUGACGUUUGCGUUCAUAACUUCCCGCCUGCGUCGACUAUCUGUUGCGCUUUUCUAUACGCCGACGCAGUAGCAAAAUAUCGAGUGGCGGUUCUUUUCAAUGCACUGAAAUAAUUUGAAUCGGUUUACGUCGAUUAUUUUUAUGUAUAUUUGCUCGAAUACUCGUAAAAGUUUUUAGGGUCUCAGCAAACGCGAUGACAAUAUAAUCUAUCGAUAUAUUUAUUUAACAAUCUACGUAAAAGUUAGUUUAGUCAUUUGUAAAUACGAGGGCGGGCGGCCACGUGGACUGAGAGCGGGUGAAUAGUCGCGGGGCGGGCGGAAGGCUCGAUCGAUGCGCGCCGGGCCCGUCAGUGCCGCGGCGGACGCGGGCGGAGCGGCGCGGUGCCGCAGCGACACGCCAGCGCCACGGAGCACGUGUGCGCGCCCGCGGACAGCGCGCCGCCGAGCGCGCGCCCACCGCCCGCGCGCCACGCGCCCCUCUUGCGACAUGGACGCGCUCUCCGAUGACGACGAAUACGCGCGCCGGGAGACCCAGAUCAGUAGCCUGGUGGCGACACGAGGCGAGGUAGCGGCGGGUGGCGCGGCAGUGCAGCGCGUAGGUGCAGCUGUGUGCUGUGCCGUGGAACGAUUCGUGGCCGUUGGCGAAACCAUAGCAGACGAUAACCCCGACGUGCGACACAGCAUGGUCCUCGCAUGCAAGGAAGCACGAGCUGCAGGUCGCGCAAUCGAACGUGUGUGCACCGGUGCGGACGGCGCUGGCAUGGUGUCGGCGGCGCGCGCCCUCCUCGCCGCCGUCACCAGGGUCCUGCUGCUAGCGGACAUGGUCGUCGUACGACAACUACUGCUUGCCAAAGACAAGGUGGCGCGGUCCUUGGACCGCCUGGAGUCCGUGUCAAACUUUGCGGAGUUCGUGAGAGCAUUCACAGAGUUCGGCGGAGGGAUGGUAGAGCUAGCGAGACUCACUGCCGAGCGCCGCGCUGACCUACGUGACGAACGACGAAGAGCCCAAGUUGCCGCGGCACGGAAUGUUCUCGAAAGAUCUACGCUUAUGCUACUUACAUCGUCUAAGACGUGUAUGCGACACCCAGGCAGCGCAUCGGCGAGAGAAAAUCGGGAUACUGUGUUUUGUCAAAUGCGACGAGCUAUGGACCUGAUACACUACGUGGUGCGCGAUGGACUGCCCGGCCACGAGGAACACUCCCACGAGUUGCAACCUUACUCGGAUAGUCAUGAACAGGCUGCACAAUGGGAAGCGGGAACGGCGCUAGGUGCGCUUCGUGGGUUAACGGCGCAAGUACGGGCAGCGAGAGCCCGCGGAGGUGCCGACGUAGCUCGAAGACGAGCCCUCGCCGGCACGUUGCGAGCCCUUGUGGAGAGGACACAUGACUUCACAGAUUCCGCAUACACGUCUCACGAGCAUAGACAGAGGAUACUCGCGCUCGCCGAACGAAUAGCGUACGAAUUGGAAAGGCUGGUUGCCGUGGCUGUGUCUGUAGAAGAGCAAGGGUCGAGUGGCGCUGGUGCCGCGUUGGAGAGCGCUUGUGCGGGCGCUACCAGUGCAGCGUCAGAGUUAGAGCGCGCACUGGUAGCGGCAGCGCGUGACCAAGCGCGUGAUCUCGCGCCUCUAGCCGAUGAAGCGCGAAGACUCGCGUCCGACCUCGCGCACAUAGGUAACCUACGACGGAAAAUAGCUAGUUCCUGUGGUGAGAGAGAAUCAGAGAGACUGCAUAAUAUUGCCAGCCGGCUUCACGAACAAUUAGAUCACAUAAUAGAGGUAUGUAAAUUACUCAGGCAUAUAGCAAUGUCUGAGACACUCCAGGUUAGUGCAAAGUUUGCAGAGAUUAACCUGAGGAUAUACGGUCCGCAAGUGGUGACAGCAGCGAGAACAUUAGCAGCGCAUCCAGGAAGUGCGGCUGCACGAGAAAAUCUCGACGUGUUCGUGGAUAUGUGGGCCUGGCUGCUGGCGGAUGCAGCACGCCUCGCUAGAGAAUUGCUUGACCUCACUGAUGACAGACCGGACAAGCAGCAGUACAGCAGUUUACCCAGACCGGGAAAACAUGGUACGACGAGUAAACCCUUAAAAGCAGUACGACUAGACUCCGAUGAGCAAGCAAAGAUUGCUAAAUCAGGUUUAGAAAUGAAAAUGAUGUCCUCUGAGAUGGAUGCCGAGACUGAAAAAUGGCAGGGUGCAGCUGCUGAUGAAAACAACGAUAUUGUGAAGAGAGCAAAAAAUAUGUCUUCCAUGGCUUUCGCUAUGUAUCAAUUUACUAAAGGUGAAGGCCGUCUUAAUACUACACAAGACCUUUUCACACAAGCUGAAUAUUUUGCUGAAGAAGCAAAUAGACUUUAUAAAAUUGUACGACAAUUUUCAUAUCAGGUACCAGCUGGAACGACGAAGAAAGAGCUGCUAGAGCAUCUAGACAAAGUGCCGACAUAUGUGCAACAACUGCAAUUCACAGUAAAAGAGCCGACCGUGGGUCGCGCUGCCACUUUUAGUAAGGUCGAUAAUGUUAUACAAGAAACCAAGCACCUUAUGAACGUGAUUAGUAAAGUUGUAACCACUUGUUUCGACUGUGCGAAUAAGGGUCUUAUACCGCUGGAGAAAGCGAUAAACAAAUCCUCAGCGAAUACAAGGGACGACUCGUACAAGCUGGACUUCACGGGCCUGUCGGCGGGCGUAGGCGGGGGCGUCGGCGGCGCCGGUGGGGGGCGAGGCGCGGCACGCGACGAGGACGGCGGCGGCGGCGUCGGCGGCGAUGCCAAGCCGGGUGGCAGCUCUUCCGACACGGCCAUGUGACAGUACGGCAUGGGCCGGCGCGGCAAAGGCGACGCGCGCCGGACCAGGGUCAGCUUCCUCUUGUUUUAAAGGAUUAAACGUCCCUUGAAACGACUCGUCGCCGAGCAGCGGUAGGCCGAGCCGGCCCGUCUGGUGCGUAACUCCCUUCAGAUUUCUAUAACAGUAGGUUGUACGUACGUGGUGCAGGCGGCCGUAAAGUUUUAUUGAUGGCGAGCCAGAAUGGAAAUAAAAUUGAUUGUUAUAAGACUCGCGGUAAGAAAUUUUGUAACAGUGAGUGUUUACAAAAUAAAUAACUAUUUUUUAAAUGAAAGAUUUUCAUGCUAGUUUAGAAAAAAAGUAACAACGAAAUGCCUGUGUGAGUUACGCAUCUGGCGAGAUGCUCGUCCCGGGAAUCACACACGUCGUCUCUUUUGCCACGGCCUGCGAUGGAAAGAGACGGUGCAGCUUGUGAUCCUCGAACCCGGCUGUGAUAGCUGUGCAUCCAUUUAAUAGAUUGUAAAAAAAAAUUAUAACUAUUCGAUGGAUCACAAUAAAAUAGUUUAAUAUUAAGAUGAAUGGUACGAUAUAUAAAUGAAGUUCCGACUUCUGGUAGAACACUUGCGACACACAAAAGCGCCAGCAGUAUAAUGAAAUUCUCUGAACUCUCAGUGUUGUAACUCUUCUAAUAAAGGCAAGUGCGCAAACACGAAUAGUUAGAUUUAAACAAUCUACUAGUAUUCUAACAUAAAUAAUAUGUAAUUAAAUGAAUUGUUACUAUUUACGCCUUUGAUGUAACACCACGUGUCAUCCGUGCCACAAAUUCACCCAAUCUCCUGUACAUACCAUUAGAGUAGAGCAUACAGGCUAAUGUUACAAUUAUAAAUCUUGCCUCAAUUAUUAUAAAAAAAAUUAUGUGAUCAAUAAUUAAGAAGAGUGAAUACGUACAAUAAAAUACUUGUUACACUAUCAUAAUAUUACACAUUGUUACAUAAUAUAUACGUAAACAAUUACACAGAGAAGCCUAUUUUUUUAAGUUUCCCCUCUUAAACCUAUUAUGUAAGUAACCCCAUACUUAUUAUAUAUUAUAAUCUGUAUAUUAUCUACCCUGAUGUAUAAUUUAUCUUGUAAGCUACUUGCUCUUUAUAAAUGCACCCUACUGCACAAUCCGUGGUCCUGUUUGCACAUUAUUUUACGUUAUGCACGAUUUGGCUUCCUCUAUUAUUUUGGCAUCGGUAGCUACCUUUUAUUUACAGAACAUGCUAAGUUACCACAUUCUAUUUCAUGAAAACACAAGGUUACUCUUGCAUUUAAUGUUAUCGCAUUACUAGUCGUUUCUCUUUCAACGAGUUCGUGUAAAUAUUAAUAGAAUACGGUUAUAUGGUAUUUGUUGGUGCGUCAACACGGCCGUUACAAUUUGCAUGAUUGUGCAACGGAUCAAAUAGAUGUGUGUUGCAUGUGUGUACGUGGUUAUCGUAAUCAAUGUCGUACUUCAUCUUUUCGACAGGAGGAUGUUUAAUAUUAAGAUGAGGGAAAUUUGACUCUGGUGGCUAUAAAGAGAGCCCCCACGUCGCCCGGAAAAUUGAUAGUGUCAUAUAGACUCGCUAAUAACAAAUGAGAUGCGAACGCAGACGACCGGCUAACAAUAUUUUCAACUAAUGCAUGCUUUGCAUAGGGCCGUAUCUAUCGUAUACUGGGUCGAAUUAAUCAUAAUUAAAACAUUUUGUAACAUAAGCAAAUGUUACAUGCUUCUGACAUAGAGAUACCUACCUACUAAGUUUUGGGAGAACACUCGGAAAGUUCGCUACUCCCAGAGUAUGUAGAAUUUGUUCGGCCCGCCCUAGUUACGGUCCUGUUCGUGACUCGCUGGCUGCUGCCCUUGUAAGCUAAUCAUAUCGCGCGGCAUGCCGCCCAUCAAACAUAUCUGCAAUAUCGCUAACAUUAAAUAUUCCACUAUGGCAAUAAUGAACAUAUCAAAUAGGUAGAAAUAGAAGUCGUUACUACUACAUACAGAAACGACAAAGUCGUAUAAUUUUUAACAUAAUCAUUAUUAUUGUUACUUAGAAUCAAGAAUGAAUUACUGUUCUUACAAGUAAUCAAUGUUUCCUCUCAUGGGUGCUAUAAAGACUUCUGAACGGCCGAUCAAAAGUCAACGUAUGUAGUAGGUAGAUGCAUUUGAACUGUUAUUCAAAUAAUUUUGUUGAUACUGCACGUGUGCUAAAUCGGCCUAUGUUCGAGUUGUAGAUAAUAUCGGCUCUCUUAGUAAGUCGCUGUGCUAUUACUGCGAUCAGAAUUGUUUUAUCAUUAGCUGUCAAUUAAUUACUAAGUAGUAUUACUUAUGACGCUUUCAUAUCACUGCUAAUAUCAAGCGUCGAUCGAGCACGUCGGUCGGCGGUCGGUCGUCUGCGCUCCUCACCCCCAAUCGUCUAUAUAACACUGUUAUUUUCCAUAGGUACUUAGCUUUUACUCUUCUACUCUAAUUCUAUGAACAAUGUUGGCUUUCGUUUUAUAGUUUUAAGAAUGUUAAAUCUUAUUACAUAUAAUGACUUACUCUUAUUUAUUGCCUUCAUAAUUGUACUAUAUUUAGAGUAUCUACUAUGUCGAUAAGUCGGUUUCAAUUCUAUUAUGAGGAUAGAUAUUAGGCUAAAUAUUUAAUUAUUUUAACUAAUGUAAAGAGCUUCAUAAAGCUUUACAAUGAAGAGUUGUGAAUCGAACUUGUGGCCACGUAACAUUAGUUUCAAAUAUUAGCGUAAUCCCGCUUUGACUGUUAAAUACCAAUUAAGUUUAAUAAGAUACUCGUAUUUAUAACAGAAAAUUUGAUUACAAAAUUGUAAUCGUCUACGAGUACAGAAUAAUCAUAAAUAAAUACAUACUAAUUUGUAAUCAAUAAAUUAAUUAAAUAUUCUACAUAACUAUUUUUAAAACUGUCUCAUAAAGCAUUAUAGAUAAAAAAAAUAGUAUUUCUUGUCUACCGCACCGUUUUCUACAGACUGCAUGGUUCUGUAUAAUAAUAAUUGUACUAUCAAUCUAGUUAGAAUGAGCAAACAAUUUACUCAAUAGUUUCUAACAUCUGACUUCCCGGUCCUAUUGCAACCGAAUACAAUUUCGUCUUAUAGCAUGUUGGCAAGCUUUAGAUAUUCCAAUUUCAUUAAUUUGGUUUCUGUAACCAGUAAACUAAAUUGCACAAUUUAAGCAAGAAAUGCACAUCACAGCAAUAAUAACUUAUAUUCUUAGAAAGAUUUUUAAUUUUCGAAAUUAAAUGUGAUUAUUCUCUGACAAAUAGAUGUGCACAAAUGACUUCCUCAUAAACUCCAUAAGAUGGACGUAACUCUGAUAUGUUCGUUAUCUCAAUAUUGUCUGUUUUACUACUUCCAACGAUAUUGCCGUAUGAUUUUAUUGACUUUCGAAAAAAAAGGAUUGUGCCAAAACAAUUCACGUUAUAGACGUAAAAAGUUCAUUAAGGUAAUUUAAUUGUAAGUAGGUUAAAAUUAAUCGUGAUUUAAAAUCGAUGAUUUGUUCAGUAAUAAAAAAAUGUCACCUCAAAAUAUAAUUAGUGUAAGCUGCAUCUACUGCAUAAUACUCAUAAUAGUCGAGAAACACGAAAAAAGUACGAUACCUAUUUAUUAUACUAAUUCCUAAUUUCCAACAAAAUAAGUGUCGCAAAUCAUGUUGUUUACGACACGUGUUUUGGGGGUAAAGGUUGUCGUGACAUAUACAAGCAAAAAUCAUGUUUUAUGCAUGUAUCACAACAUCUAUACAACAUGAUGUAUGUUUGUAUUAAAAUACGUACACGUACUUCAUUUAUACAAUAGCUGUGCCGUUGUGCCUCCUCGUGUAAUGUAAUUGGAUUCUAUUGCGUAUUAAGACACCCUCCUUACUAAGAAUUAGAACGUCCCGCGGUCUUCUGUAAAAUUGUAUGAUAUUUUAUUUUUAUUAAUUUACAUAAGACGUUAAUUUAUAUUAAAAUCUAGUCAAUAGUAAUGUUCGAAAAGUGCAAUAUAAGCAAUAAAUUACAAGAUUCGCAUAGAGCAGAGACAUUUUUUCGUGGACUACAAAUGUUGUAUUUACAAGAGACUUAACACAAUCUCGUGUACAUUGUAGCAUGCAAUUCUAUUGUUCUAUUUUGAUAGAUAAAAAAUUACUAUGGAUUAUCCUUCGCCUGCUAAGGCUUUAAAUAUAUUUUUACUGAAAAUUUUAUUUUUAUUACGUUUUGCACAACAAUUUCAGUCCUUCUAAUUGGUUAUUUGAAGUAGUCAUAUUAUUAUUCGAAUGGGAGGUAAUAAUGUAAAACCACAAAAUAUUUCAAGAGAAUGACGUUGUGAUUCUUAGCAAGGACGGCCUCUUAUUCAGUCACUAGACAGUCAGGUAAGCAUUGCAGCCUAAGCGAUCAUUCAUCCUAGUGAUGGAGUCUCGAACACAUAGGACUUCCAUCGCGUUAAUCAUAAUUUAUUGGUUAGUGUAUAGUGAUUAGCGAUACAGUGAUUUGUGAUAUUACAAGAUACUUAUUGACAUUUAGUACAACGUCCUUUAUAAUUUCAACGUUUUAAUGGUAGUUUAAAUUUAGAGGGACACUACAAGAACACCAAUAAUAGUAACCAUUAAUAAUUAUAUUGUAGUUAGUUGUAUUAUAGAAGAAAAUGCAUAGAAUUCUGAAUUGGAACGACGGGACCGUUGCGUGGUGGAUCCCGGAAUAUUAAUAAUAAUUUCUUGGGAGAAAGAUCUACAGCAUUUAAUACAAUCAUAGUUAUGAAAUUCAUCAAACUAGAUUUCAUGAAGAACAAAUAUUAUUUCCGUAAAAAAAUUACUUAAAAACAACUAAUACUUUAUUUUCUAAAAUAUAGGAUCCUUUUUGUAUGUAAAUAUAUAUUUGAAAUAUUUUACAACACA